CGACGCUUUCCCGAAAACACCCCUCCCAAUCCGGCAAAUUAGCCAGCCCCUCACAUAUACCUCCGCCGCGCGCUCCCCUCUUCCCCCCGCUGGCCGCUGCUCUCUUCCUCCCUCCUCCUCGGUCCACUCCAACCCCAGGCCUGCCGCGGCCACAGACGGGCCGCGCCGCCGCCGCAGCUUCCGAUUCCGCUUCCGCCGGCCGUUCUGCCGCGCGCGCGCCUGUGGCGCUUGAGCGGGCGGAUUUGUUCGGCCCGUUCUUUGGCCGCCGCCGUUGCGCUGCGCCGUGUUGGCUUCCAGGUGCGCAAUCCGGUCCCGUGCUCUGUUCGUGAGCUGAGGAUUUGAGUAGUCCGCCACCCUGGAUCCUGAUGGGGCCGUUCCUGUGCAGUUCCCAUCCAGGCGUCUUGAGAUUCCCCGGCCGGAGAUCUGCUUAAUUCGUACCUCUCUCUGGUUCUGAGGCCCCUCCGAGGUGGAGGAGGAGCUCGUGGGUCGACGAAAGAACAAUCGUUUCUUUGCCCACUCCUGCGGCUGCUUCUCCGUCCCAGGCUUUCCAGCCAUGGAGGAGGUGGAGGUGGCCAACAUGGCCGCGGUGGAGAGCUGCCACCGGGUGCUGGCUCUGCUCUCGCAGCAGCAGGACCCAGCCCUGCUCAAGAGCGUAGCUUCAGAGACGGCUGAAGCCUGCGCCAAGUUCAGGAAGGUAGCGGCCCUCCUCGGCAGUGCCAGUGGCGGAGGUGGCUGUGGCCAUGCUAGAGGCAGGUUCUCCAGACGAGUCCGGCCUCUGGGGCUCGUCAACCAGAAGAGCCCCUUGGGGAUCGCCACCGGCAGCGGCAACCCGCUGGAGAUGAUGCCCAGCACAGCUGCUGCUGCUGGGUCUCCAUCUCCACCUCAGUCGACUAGCUAUGCGCAAAUGCGCGCUCGGCUUAGCAGUGCGCCAGAGUCCUCACGAGGGCUGGAUUUGGCCUGCUCCAGCAGCAGGUGUAGCCCUCAUCCAUUUGGAGCCCCCAAGCUGGUCCAGCCACUGUCUGUGCAGUUCCAGAUUGGGAGUGUUGCGCAUAGGUACCCGUUCCACCAGCAGCAGUCGAGGCAGAAGCUGCAGGCCGAGAUGUUCAGGAGGAGCAACAGUGGGAUCAGCCUCAAGUUCGAUAGCCCUAGCCCCAGCGGUGGUGCUGCUGGCACCAUGUCGUCUGCGAGAUCAUUCAUGUCGUCGUUGAGUAUAGACAGGAGCAUGGCGAGCUUGGAUGGGAAGCGGCCGUUCCAUUUGGUAGGCACCCCGGUGGCGAGCGACCCAGCAGAUGCGCACCGUGCGCCCAAACGGCGAUGCACGGGUAGAGGGGAGGAUGGAAGAGGCAAGUGUGCCACCACUGGCAGAUGCCAUUGCUCAAAGAGAAGGAAACUGCGGAUUAAGAGGUCGAUUAGAGUGCCAGCCAUUAGCAACAAAAUCGCUGAUAUCCCUCCUGAUGAGUACUCGUGGCGCAAGUACGGGCAGAAGCCAAUUAAGGGUUCCCCACACCCGAGGGGUUACUACAAAUGCAGCAGCGUCAGGGGCUGCCCAGCAAGGAAGCACGUCGAGCGAUGUGUAGACGACCCGGCGAUGCUAAUCGUGACAUACGAAGGCGAGCACAGCCACACCCAGCUGCCAGCACAGCCUGCCCAGACCUAGAAGAUCAGUAAAUCGUCGCUCCAUUCUGGAAGCGCGGGGAGCAUGCCUUUGCACCUAGAUGGUCAUGUAGAAUCUCAGGCCUUCGAUUUUCGAUUGCAGCAGCAGCAAUGACCAUGGAGAGAAUCUUAUGAGCUGCUUGGCCCCCCUCCUGAGUCACUCUGUUACAGAUGCAAGAGUGGGGACUGCUGCCAAGUUGUUCAUCUUUCUUGUGAGCUGUGGCAUGUAUGUAUAAUUGAAAGAUGGUGCAGGAAGGAAGGAAAAUGCAGCGUCCGACAGCGACCGGUGAGCUUUGCCGGUGAGCCUGAAGGGUUGAAAGCAAAGACUGACAAGAGGAAGUGAACAACCGCGCAUUGUUGUGAGGGUGGAUUAGGAUGGGAAGAUUUGGCUUUUAGCGUGCACAAGUUCACUUGCCAUGGACUAGCCUCUGUAUGUUGCUUUUGCUUUUUCUGAAAUAUCGCAUCACCUCUUUUGUUGACAAAAUAAAAAAGGGUGGGGUUGCAUCCCAGUAUCAAAGGAGGGAGCUCCGUACUGACCCCGCUGCAAGUUAGGACCAUCUGGGUUUUCCAGGUGUAAGCAUUCCAGAAGGGAAGGUGCAAAGCUGUUGUUGGUGUGAUUUGCCACCCCCAGUACUGUUGCUCUUGUGUAAAGCAUUCUGUGUAAUUAAUGAUUUGUGCCAUCUGCAAUCUUGAGGAUGAAUGGAUGCUCUAACUGAAA